GAGUUGCGAACCAAACUACUUAGGCGGUGUAAAAAGUGGCUGAAACUUGACCAAAGAAACAUUGUUCGCUUCUUUGGCCUGACCUCCAGUUUCGGUGUCUUUCCGGCCUUGGUUACCGCAUGGAUGAGCCUUGGAACUCUAACCCAAUACUUGGACAAUCAAUAUCCGUUUCUUUCGACAUUGCUCAAGUUCUCCCUUGUGGAUGAUAUUAUAAGUGGACUCUGUUACAUCCACUCCCAGGAUAUCGUACAUGGGCAUUUAACUGGCUUCAACGUAUUGAUUGAUGAGAGUGGCAAGGCUUGUUUAGCCAAUUACGACCUUGCCGACUUGCUUGUUGCACAUUAUUCAGUUGUUCAAGAGCCAAGAUGGACCGAUCCUCAGUUGAUCUGCGGGGCCAAGUCCCAACUACCCACAAUGUCAACUGAUGUCUAUGCCUUUGGUUGUAUUAUGCUUCAAAUACUGGUGGGGAAACUGCCCUACUGGUGGAUCCGGAACUGCCAUGUGGUCAUAGCAAAGUCCGGGAACCAGCUACCGAUGCAGGAUGACCCCGAAGUUCCCAAACUCGAAGAAUGCUACAAAGAAUUUCUUCAACGAUGCUGGGCUCCCGCUCAAUCCCGCGCAUCGAGCACUGAAGUAGCUGAAUUUGUGACUGCUCAGCUUCACGCAUUGAACGAGUCAUAGCUCUGGUGAAUAGCGGUAUAAAAGAGUUCGUGCACCCGUUUACUCGUGGUCUCUCUUGAAUCCCGUAGUUAUAGCAGCUUAUUUGCUUUCCAACCACCCAUCCCUAAUUUCUUUUUCGCUAUACGGACUAUCAUUAUUGCCAGCCAUUUACAUAAAUUGGUGA